AUGGAGGCCUCCCUGACAGCCCGGGAUCGUGUGGGCAUUCAAGAUUUCGUUCUCCUGGACGCCUACACGAGUGAGAGUGCCUUCCUGGACAACCUGAGGAAACGCUUCCAUGAGAAUCUCAUUUACACCUACAUUGGAACUCUCUUGGUGUCGGUCAACCCAUAUAAAGAGUUAGAUAUCUACAGCAAGAAGCAAAUGGAUACCUACAUGGGUGUGAAUUUCUUUGAGCUGCCACCUCAUAUUUAUGCGCUGGCAGACAACGUCUUCCGCAGCAUGCAGUCUGAGUUCAACAACCACUUCAUCCUGAUCUCAGGGGAGAGUGGAGCUGGUAAGACAGAGGCCUCCAAGAAAAUCCUGCAAUUCUACGCUGUCAGCUGUCCGAGUACUAAACUCCUGAACAACGUCCGGGACAGACUGCUGCUCUCCAACCCAGUGCUUGAAGCUUUUGGAAAUGCCAAAACCCUGAAGAAUGACAACUCUAGCCGCUUUGGGAAAUACAUGGACAUCCAGUUCGACCACCAGGGUGGUGCUGUUGGGGGUCACAUCCUCAGUUACCUGUUGGAGAAGUCCCGUGUGGUCCACCAGAACCACGGAGAAAGAAACUUCCAUAUCUUCUAUCAGCUGGUGGAGGGAGGAGAGGAAGAUCUGCUUCGCUGGCUCGGCUUGCAGAGAAACUGCCAGCACUAUAGGUACCUGGUGCAGGGUGAUUGUGCCAAAGUGAGCUCUAUCAAUGAUAAAAGUGACUGGAAGACAGUGCAGAAAGCCCUCUCUGUUAUAGAGUUCGGUGACAGUGAUAUUGAGCACCUGUUUGGAAUAAUCGCUAGUGUUCUCCAUCUGGGGAAUAUCAAGUUUGAAGCAGAUGUUAGAGGAUACGCCUCUCUCAACAACAACCAGGAGAUGCACUGGGUGUCAAAGUUGCUGGGGAUUCCUACUCAGGUAUUACAACAGGGCCUAACCCACAGGAAGAUUGAAGCCAAAACAGAGGAGGUGUUCAGUCCUUUCUCUGUGGACCAUGCAGUAUAUGCCAGGGAUGCCCUCGCCAAAGCUAUCUAUGGCCGCACUUUCAACUGGCUGGUCAACAAGAUCAAUGAAUCUUUAGUUAACAAGGAUUCCUCCAGGAAAACAGUAAUUGGUCUGUUGGACAUCUAUGGUUUCGAGGUUUUCAACGUGAACAGCUUUGAGCAGUUUUGCAUCAACUACUGCAACGAGAAGCUGCAGCAGCUUUUCAUCCAGCUGACCCUCAAGUCAGAGCAGGAGGAGUACGAGAUGGAGGGGAUUGAAUGGGAACCAGUGCCAUUUUUCAACAACAAGAUCAUCUGUGAUCUUGUAGAGGAGAAACAUAGAGGAAUCAUCUCUUUAUUGGAUGAGGAAUGUUUACGUCCUGGAGAGGCCACAGAUCUCACCUUCCUGGAAAAGAUGGAGGAAAAGAUCAGUGGUCAUCCUCAUUUCGUCACACAUAAACUUGCAGACCAAAAGACGAGGAAAACACUGGAAAGGGGAGACUUCCGCCUCUUGCACUAUGCUGGCGAGGUUACAUACUGUGUUGUUGGAUUCUUGGACAAAAACAAUGAUCUCUUGUAUAAAAAUGGGAAAGAGGUCAUGCGACAGUCCAAGAAUGCUAUAAUCAAACACUGUUUUCCUUCUACUGAACCGGACAGCAAGAGGAGACCUGAAACUGUGGUGACUCAGUUUAAGAGCAGCCUGGUGAGCUUGACUGAGAUCCUAAUGUCCAAAGAGCCCUGGUAUGUCCGCUGCAUUAAACCCAAUGAAGCCAAGCAGCCAGGACGCUUUGAUGAUGUGUUGGUGAGACAUCAGAUGAAGUACCUGGGGCUGAUGGAGCACCUGAGGGUCAGGCGUGCUGGGUUUGCUUACCGACGCAAAUAUGAGCUCUUUCUCCAGAGGUACAAGCCUCUGUGUCCUGAAACCUGGCCCAACUGGAAAGGUACAGCAGCAGAAGGUGUGCAGUGCCUGAUCAAGCACCUGGGCUACAAACCUAAUGAGUACAAGAUGGGCAGGACAAAGAUUUUCAUCCGGCACCCUAGAACUCUGUUUGCAACAGAAGACGCCUUUCAGGUCUGCAAACACAAGCUAGCAACAAGCAUUCAGGCCAAGUACAAAGGCUACAGAGCGAAAGGAGACUACCUUAAACAGAGAGAGGCUGCCACUAAGAUUGAGACCUGCUGGAGAGGUCUGCUGGCCAGAAAGGAGCGUGAAAAGAGGGCAUGGGCUGUCAAGGUAAUCCAAAAGUUCAUUAAAGGUUUCAUGACUCGAAAUCAGCCAGUCUGCGUUGACAACAGUGAGUACCUGGCGUACGUAAGGCAGAACUACCUCACACGGCUGAGGGACAACCUUCCCAAAACAGUUGUGGAAAAAGACUCUUGGCUCACCCCUCCGCCUAUAAUGCAGGAGGUUUCCCAGCUGUUGAAGAAGCUCUACAUUCGCCACAUGGUACGGAAGUACGUUCGGGGAAUCACUCCACAGAGGAAAGCACAGCUUCUGUUAAAAGCACAGACGAGCGCCAUGUUCAAAGGAAAAAAAGAAAACUACCCCUUCAGUGUGUGCAGACCGUUCAUGGACACCAGAAUAGGUGCAGGAGACAUAAGCAUCAAAGUGCUUCAGAUGAUCCGGCAUGAGCACAUCAAGUACAGUGUGCCAGUGGUAAAGUAUGACAGAAACGGAUUCAGGCCUCGUCUCCGGCAGCUCAUCUUUACCCAGGAAGCCGCCUACCUGGUCGAGGAUGCCAAGAUCAAGCAGCGGAUAGAUUACAUCUCUCUGAAAGGUGUGUCAGUCAGCAACCUGAGUGACAACUUCCUGAUCCUUCAUGUUACAUGUGAUGACAUCAAGCAAAAGGGUGAUCUGGUCCUUCAGUGUGACUACCUGUUUGAGGCCCUGACUAAGUUGAGUCUUAUUGGCAACCAGCAGAACUCCAUCAAAGUGGUCCAGGGCAGUGUGCGAUUUGACAUCCAGCCUGGCAGAGAGGGCAUCGUGGACUUCAAGAGUGGUCAGGAGUCCAUGGUCUACAGGGCAAAAAAUGGCCAUUUGAUGGUGGUGAGAAUCUACAAGAACCAAGUCCAGAUGAUGCUACCAGUGAUUUGGGAUGAUGUUGCUGCAAAAUAUGAGUAA